AUGAUGCAAAAUAUACAGUACGUGCCGGUGCUCAUGCCUCACUCCGGUAGCAGCGGCGAGGGUACUACUUGGAAAACAGGGCUCUUCGAUUGUUUGCUUGACCCCCCAAAUGCUAUCAUGACGAUGUUAUGCCCGUGCUGGACGUUCGGUCAGAUAGCAGAGAUUGUCGAUAACGGUCAAACCUCCUGUAGUUGCAAUGCUCUCAUAUACAUGAUCAUCUGGUGUUUCAUCAUGGUGCCAUGUUUGUUGUCGUGCACAUACCGAAGGAAACUACGGAACAAGCUUGACCUGCCGGAGAGCCCCGGUCCCGACUGCAUAAUCCACGUCUUAUGCGAGCCCUGCGCUCUCUGCCAAGAACACAGGGAGCUUGAGCUCAGAGGCCUCGACCCUUCUUUAGGAUGGGUAGGAAACAUGGAGCAACUUCAGAGGUCGCAACGAAAGAGGCAAGGUACAGUAGUGGUUCCUCCGAUGCCUCAAAGAAUGAUGGGCAAUUGA